AUGGGAACAGAUAUGGAGCCUCAGCCCUCGGACAAGAUCGAAAGCUCCGCCCCCACGAAAAUUCCCUUCUGGCGCAUGGUCUUCGACCAAGGUGUCGUCACACAACAGAUCAUCGACCACCCAUAUCCCGGCUCAGGAACCGAUGACGACCCGUUCGCAGUAACAUGGAUCGCCGACGAUCCCCGCAACCCUAUGAACUUCAGUGAAGUGAAGAAAUGGACUUACACCAUGGUGGUGGCUGUUGCGACUUUAGCAGUUUCUUUGGUCUCAUCGGCUUAUACUGGUGGUAUUGAAGAAAUCAUGCUGGAUUUCAAUAUCGGACAGGAAUUGGCUACGCUUGGUGUUUCGCUUUUCGUCCUUGGUUUCGCAAUCGGUCCGUUGCUCUGGGCUCCACUGAGUGAGCUGUUUGGCCGUCAGGUUCUUUUCGUCACUACCUACGCCGCUCUUACAGCUUUCAAUGCCGGUGUCGCAGGCUCCAAGAACGCCUGGACCCUGAUCAUUCUUCGGUUCUUCGCUGGUUCUUUUGGAUCUUCACCCUUGACCAAUGCCGGUGGUGUAAUCGCUGAUAUGUUCCCCGCCAAGCAGCGAGGUGUCGCUAUGAGUCUGUUCGCCGCUGCACCUUUCUUGGGCCCUGUUAUUGGUCCGAUCGCGGGUGGAUUCAUUGGUAUGAGUGAUGGUGGCUGGCAAUGGGUUAUGGGUUUUCUUGCAUGCUUCUCUGGUGCAGUCUGGAUCAUGGGUUCCCUGGUCAUCCCCGAGACUUAUGCGCCUGUUCUUCUCCGUCGUCGUGCGGAGAGACUUUCUAAGUUAACCGGCAAGAUCUACCGGAGCAAGAUCGAAAUCGACCAAGGCAAGAUUUCCCUGAAGGAGUCAUUCAAAGUUUCGCUUUCUCGCCCAUGGGUUCUCUUGUUCCGCGAGCCCAUUGUGUUCCUGCUGUCUAUGUACAUGGCUAUCGUUUAUGGUACUCUAUACAUGAUGUUCGCAGCUUUCCCUAUCGUCUACCAGGAGUCCCGUGGCUGGAACCAGGGUGUCAGCGGCCUUGCCUUCCUUGGUAUUAUGGUCGGAAUGUUGAUCGCCGUUGUAUACUCCCUGUGGGAUAACAAGCGCUACAUCAAGACCUCCGAGCAGCAUAAUGGCUUUGCUCCCCCCGAAGCCCGUCUACCACCCUGCCUUAUUGCAUCCACCGCCAUUCCAAUCGGUCUGUUCUGGUUCGCCUGGACCAACUAUCCCAGCAUCCACUUCAUGGUCAGUAUCGCAGCCGGUGUACCUUUCGGCUUCGGCAUGGUCCUCGUCUUCCUCAGCAUCAUGAACUACCUCAUCGACGCGUACACCAUCUUCGCUGCCUCCGUCCUAGCUGCCAACUCCGUCAUCCGAUCCCUCUUCGGUGCUGCCUUCCCCCUGUUCACAACCUACAUGUACAAGAACCUCGGAAUCCACUGGGCAUCGAGCAUUCCGGCCUUCCUCGCCCUCGCCUGUGUGCCCUUCCCAUUCCUCUUUUACAAGUACGGCCCGGCCAUCCGCACGCGCUGCAAGUUCGCCGCGCAGUCCGACGCCUUCAUGCGCAAGAUCCAAGAACAGGCCACCAACGAGCCCGUCGAAGAAGAGAAGGUCGAGUACGACCGUACGGAGGCACCAGCCGAGGGCUCGCUAUCCAGCGAUUCCGAAGAAGAGCUCCCAUCCACCCAGCGAAUCCGCAGCCGCGCCCACUCCACUGCGUCGACUCGCACAGCGGGAUCGUUGCAUCGCGUUGUUACAUAUGAGGGCAAUCCUUACGACGUUGACCGAGUCAAUACUCGUGAAUCUUUCAAACAAUAG